AUGUCUCUUUUAACUCGUAUAGCCAGUCUUCUGGGCCUAUCAUCCCCCGCCCCCGUUGCGCCGCCCGGUGCAGCGCUCGCAGCAACCCUCACAGUGCCUGCUUCGUUGGGAUUUGUACCGGUCGCAAUUCACUUUGAUCUCUUUGAGAUUCUUGUGAGUCUUGGUAGACCGGCGACUGCCGAGAAGGUGACAACGACCUGCAAUGCACGCAUCAAAGCCCGAGACAACAAUGAGCCAGAGCUGAGUACCAGAUUAGCCUCGGACACGCUCUACAUCAUGGCUGGGCUGGGGUUGGUCGAGCGCGUGGACGAGGACAGGUUCAAUGCAAAUGCCAUCACGAAGCACAUGGUCGCCAUGCCCUCUGCCCAGCAUGGCGCCCUACACUUCACCACCGAGGGCUUGAUGGCUGGAGCAUUCCUUAUGAAAAAGCUCCAGGACACAAACUUUGCUUACCCCUUCGCGGACGCAGAUGGCCCCUUGCAAUACGCGUAUCGGCUGAUGGGCCAGCCCGAGCUGGCUGCACAGCACACGUACUCUAUUAUGGAGACUCAAGGCCGCAUGGACAGCUUCAACCAUUUCAUGGUGGGUAAGUUUUUCAAGUUCGGGACAUUCCCCGAGCGGGUCAAGUCUAUGGGAUACGAUCUGGACAGUGCAUUGGCCGUGGAUGGGAACCCGGGCUCGGCCGCAAUGGUCGACAUUGGUGGCGGCCGAGGCGAGCUUCUCCUUGAAGUCCAGGCUGUCUACCCGCAGCUGACGACGGAUGAGCUUAUCGUGCAGGAGUUCAAUGCCGAGAUUGACAGUGUGCCUGGUGUGCGUCUCAUGGAGUGGAACUACAAGGAGUCUAGCGAGCAGCCUAUCCGCGGUGCGCGUGUUUACUCCCUGCAGCAUAUCCUGCAUAACUUGCCUGAUUUGGAUGCUGUGGCCUUGUUGCAGAAGAUUUCUAAGGCGAUGGCGCCUGGGUCUCGGAUCCUCAUCAUUGAGUACGCGAAGAAUUUGACUUAUACCUCGCUUCAUGCGAGUAUGAUUGCCUUGUAUGGUGGACGUGAACGGAGUCCGGGGGAGUGGAGGCAAAUAGCGGGAUUGACUGGACUAAAAGUGACCUUUGAAGCGUAUGUCAAGGCUGGCGAGUCGUUGGUUGAGAUGAGGCGGGAUACAGUAGUUCCUAGCUCAUAG